GCCCGCUGUGGCCGCCUCAGCCCACCAGCCGGGACCGCUAGCCAUGCUGCCCGCCGUCCGCCCCCGGGGCUGAGCCAGACUGCGACCUCUCGCCACUGCCGCCACUGCCGCGUCCGGACCCACCGUCGCAGGCAGCAGUCAAAGCCGCCGCAACUGCAGCACAGAGCGGGCAAGGCCGGGCGGGCCAUGGAGUGCUGGGCGCUGCUGCCGGGCUGGGUUUCUGCUACGCUGCUGCUGGCGCUAGCCGCUCUACCCGCAGCCCUGGCCGCCAACAGCAGUGGUCGAUGGUGGGGCAUCGUGAACGUGGCUUCCUCCACGAACCUGCUGACCGAUUCCAAGAGUCUGCAGCUGGUGCUCGAGCCCAGUCUGCAGCUACUGAGCCGCAAACAGCGGCGGCUGAUACGCCAGAAUCCGGGGAUCCUGCACAGCGUGAGCGGGGGGCUCCAGAGCGCUGUGCGAGAGUGCAAGUGGCAGUUCCGGAACCGCCGCUGGAACUGCCCCACGGCUCCCGGGCCCCACCUCUUCGGCAAGAUCGUCAACCGAGGGUGCCGGGAAACAGCGUUUAUCUUUGCCAUCACCUCGGCCGGUGUUACCCAUUCAGUGGCGCGCUCCUGCUCGGAGGGCUCCAUCGAGUCCUGCACGUGCGACUACCGGCGGCGCGGCCCUGGGGGCCCCGACUGGCACUGGGGAGGCUGCAGCGACAACAUCGACUUCGGCCGCCUCUUCGGCCGAGAGUUCGUGGACUCAGGGGAGAAGGGGCGGGACCUGCGCUUCCUCAUGAACCUUCACAACAACGAGGCAGGCCGCACGACCGUGUUCUCCGAGAUGCGCCAGGAGUGCAAGUGCCACGGGAUGUCCGGCUCGUGCACUGUGCGCACCUGCUGGAUGCGGCUGCCCACCCUGCGCGCGGUGGGCGACGUGCUGCGCGACCGUUUCGACGGCGCUUCGCGCGUCCUCUACGGCAACCGCGGCAACAACCGCGCCGCGCGAGCUGAGCUGCUACGCCUCGAGCCAGAAGACCCUGCGCACAAGCCGCCCUCCCCUCACGACCUCGUCUAUUUCGAGAAAUCGCCUAACUUCUGCACGUACAGCGGACGCCUGGGCACGGCGGGCACGGCAGGGCGCGCCUGCAACAGCUCGUCGCCCGCGCUGGACGGCUGUGAGCUGCUCUGCUGUGGCAGGGGCCACCGCACGCGCACGCAGCGCGUUACCGAACGCUGCAACUGCACCUUCCACUGGUGCUGCCACGUCAGCUGCCGCAACUGCACGCACACGCGCGUAUUGCAUGAGUGUCUGUGAGGCGCUGCGCGGACUCGCCCCUGGGAGAGUUCUCCGCCAGCCUUCCCCCCAAAACAGACUCGCUGGCAUCCUGUACGCGUCCAUCCCAUCCCUCCAGCCACACUCCCCUCAGUGCAUACGUAUCCCGAGUCUUCCACCUUCUCCUACCUGGGGAUUCCUAUAAACCACUUGCCUGGGGCGGUAUGAACCCUCUCGCCACCAUAAUGGACUCGCCGACCUACCUCCCUCCCUCUCCGUGGGAGACCCUUUGUUGCACUGCCCCCCUGCAUGGCCAGGAGGUGACAGAAGGAUUCGUCCCCUCCCCCAUCCAGGGUCAGCUCCUAACGGUGUUCCUCCGCUUUCUCCACCGCGCCAGCGACCUCUCUGCGUCUUUCCUUCUCCUUUAUCCUCCGUUUUCUCCGGGUUCCCACAUCCCCCUUCCCAUUUUCCUGCCAAGGGUGCAGACCCUGAACUCACACCUGGGCAUGAGGGCCUUUCUCCUCCCCAUCUACAGCUGAAGAGGGAGGUUCCAGAGUGAAAGGGCAGCUGUGGUGAUGUGGAAAAUGAGGUUGGGGGGCCCAGCAGAAAUGCCCCCAUCCUCCCAGCCUCGGUAGUAGAGCCACUGAACAGCUGUGAGCCAUGCCUCCCUGGGCCACCUCCUACCCCUUCCUGUCCUGCCUCCUCAUCAGUGUGUAAAUAAUUUGCACUGAAACGUGGACACAAAGCCACGAGUUUGGUUGUUGUAGAUAAAACUAUUUAUUGUGCUGGGUUCCAGCCUGGUUCACAGAGACCACCCUAACCCCAACCCAGUCCCUCUCCAUUCUGCUCUCCUUUUACCCUCUACCUUUUUCUGGUCUCUCUUCUACUCUCCAGUCUGUCAAACAUGCCUUUGCGUACUGGAAUCAGUAUUUCCUUCCACUGUAGCUAUUAGUGGCCUCUCGCCCCCACCAAUGUAGCAUCUUCCUCUGCAGAAUAAAAUCUCUAUUUUUA